UUCUGCAGACCUGGCGAGAGGCAAGGGUGGAGCGGGAUUCCAGGGCGGUACAGGGUCGAUCUGUGAGUGGGGCAGCCCCGCGGGAGGCGGUGGAGCGCCCUGCGCCCUCACAGGAACGCGGUACCCAGGCGCUGACUGAACAGGGACAGCUCUGUGAGCACUGGGCGAAUCUUGCAGGCCUGGGAGGACUUCCAGCAUUACUUGUUCCACCCCAGACUUGCAGGACUCAAUUGCUGGGGCUGUCAACUCCUUCAGCUUGUGUGUCUCGUCCACUAUGAGCAGACCAGCUCUGACGCACAGCUCUGUGGCUUUCUGUCGCAUUCUCUUCCUCCCCCUAGCUACACAAUGCCUGGCUUUCCCCAAAGCAGAAAAGAUGGAGGUAGCACAUGCUUAUGCGGAGAAAGAGCAGUCUCAGAAGAUGGACACAGGUGACCCAGAAAACAUCUCCUUUGCUCCAAAGUCCAUGUCCCAGCCGAUGUCCUCUGAAGCUCCAAUGGUACUGUCUGCAGGAUCAUCAGUGAUGCAAUUAGAUAAAGUAUUCUCUGUCAACAAAGAACACCACCUUCCAGGAGCUGGGCUUCUCAAGAUCCCUGAUCUUCACUCUUCCAGUGAGCCAGUGGUCUCAACCAGUGAACAAAGGCAUGGCCCCAGUCAGUUUGAAAGAAUGUCUCCUAAACACAGACUUUCCAAGGCCAUGUCAAUCAUUGCUGUCUCAUCACCUACUUCUCUUAGUCCUCACCAGGAGGGACCAUACAGCAGUUUUAGCACCCAGCCCACUGUAGAAGGGAUCACAGAUGUAACACGUGACUUCCUGAAGUAUGUGGAUAAUCAGUUGCUUGCAACUGAAAGUCAGGAAGCAGUUAGCUUGGGAAAUACACCUUCAUCCUAUAUAAAUACCAAAGAAAUGCUAACUGCCAAUCCAAGAACUGAGGAACUUAAAACAGAUGAAACCAAGAGGACCACUGCCUUUCCUGGUGCUGAUUCCACAGCAGACACAGAGCCUGGUGGGGAGAGGCCCUCAGAGAAGCUGGCUGACAAUGCCCAGACCACUGUCACCCCACACUCGGUGGCAACCCCUGAGGAUAUUUUGAAUAUUGAUCCAACAGCUGACAGUCUCCUGGGGGACCUCAAGGUCACAGUGAGUGUCAGCACAGCUGUUCCAGUUUCUUCUGUCCCACGUGAUGAGUGGGAUGACACCAAGUUUGAGAGUGUGAGUCAGACAAGCACCCCAGAUUCAGGAGACAGUGCAGAGACUCCAGUGAUCACAGAGCCACCACACGGAAUGCCUGAGAGCUAUGAAGGGAUUGAGGGGAACCCUGCUUCCACAGAGGUUAACAAGGUGACUCCAGGGCUGCCGGAAGGAGAAAGACCCCUGGGGACAGCCCUGAUAAUUGCACUGGAGGAAGAGAGAUCACCAGUCUUUACCCAUCAAAUUUCCUCGACUCCCACAAGUCUGACAGAAGACCCUGAGGUUUCCAGUGUGAACCUGUUCCCAAGUGCCCGAGGCUUCGCAGCAUCCACCCUGGAGGACAGAACCAUGCUUUUCUCAAGGAAUGCAGUUUCUACCUCUCAAUAUGAGUCUGAGACACAUCAGGCACUAGGAAAUGUGCUAAAAGACAUCACUCAAGAGAUGACUAUGGCCACUCAAGAACCAGACCCCAUAAUACCCGUGGUGACACAAGAGAAUAUUGAGGUUCCCAGAGGCAGUGGGGAGCCUGAAGAAGGCAUGCCAUCUCACUCUCCUGUGUCUGCUGAUGUGGGUGCCACUGAGCUGCCCGGAAGAUGGGAGUCUCUGGCCACUCCAGCCUCCACCACUGUUGUCCCUUGGCCUCUUGAAGUGACCUCUUCUAUGGAAGACCUAAUGGACACAAUCACGGGGCCAAAUGAGGAAUUCAUGCCAGUUUUGGGCUCCCCGAUGACACCCCCUGCAAUGACUGUGGAAGGUCCCACAAUUUCUCCAGCACUCCAGUCUGAGGAAAGAACUAUUUCGUCCAUCAACCACCCCAGUACAGCUCCCUCCUAUGGCCUGGAACAACUUGAAUCUGAAGAGGCAGAAGAUGAGGAGGAUGAGGAGGAUGAAGAAGAUGAAGAUGAAGAAGAGGAGGAUGAGGAAGAAGAUGAGGAUGAUAAAGAAGCAGACUCCAUGUAUAAGGACUUCGAUGGUGAUACGGAGCUGCCGGGGUUUACUCUCCCUGGAAUCACAUCCCAGAAACCUGACGUAGAGCCAGGAAGCAUGACCCUACUAGAGGUAGCAACCUACCAGGUGCCAGAAACCAUGGAGUGGGAGCAGCAGAAUCAAGGUCUGGUGAGAAGCUGGAUGGAAAAGCUGAAAGACAAGGCUGGCUACAUGUCUGGAAUGCUGGUGCCUGUUGGGGUUGGGAUAGCUGGAGCCUUGUUCAUCUUGGGAGCACUCUACAGCAUUAAGGUUAUGAAUCGCCGAAGAAGAAAUGGCUUCAAACGGCAUAAAAGGAAGCAGAGAGAAUUCAACAGCAUGCAAGAUAGAGUGAUGCUGUUAGCGGACAGCUCUGAAGAUGAAUUCUGAAUUGGACUUGGGGUUCAUUCAAUGAGAUAAUUGUUUCAUUUUUUAUUUGGGGCAAAAAGACGAAAGAAAAUACAUGAAUAAAAACCAACAAUAUCUCACCACCUUGCUGCUGCUGGGCCUUUGCUCCAGCCCUCGUCUCUGCUGGAGAGUAGAUUUUUCUUGUGCUAAGCAGAAGAGACACCCUGUACUCUAAAUGCAGCAUUCAGUGUUCGGUUAUUCUGUAGUGUGUUUGCCAUCACCAGGGGCUGUGAUUUAGAGACAUAUGGCACACGUGCUCAGUAGGAGUAGUUGGGUUGGGUAGAGCCAAUACCUUGUAUUUUUCCAUUGCCUUUUCCUUGGUUUGGAUUACUGGCCUGCAGUGAAUGGUGUUGCCGUGAGAGCAUUGAUUUUGAUAGACAAUUUCCAAGGAAGAGAAACUCCUUAUAAUUUUUCUCUGAUUUUUUGAAAUUGUUGACUUAUAGACAUCAGUGCAUCCUAUGUCUGCAUCAAAGACUAGUUACCACCUGGAAUGAAAAUUUUUUCCCUGAGAUAUCGCAACUUAUUAGGGUUAUGUUCAGUUUUGCACAAUGUUACAUUAAACCUUCCAGUCUCUUAGUUUUUAUUAUUUUUGUCUGUAUCUUAGUCUCACUGUUAGUAAGAAAAACAUGCACUAGAAAUUAUAUGUUAAAUGAACCCUUAACCUUAAUUUAUGCUUGCUGUCUUAAAUAGUGUUAGUUAGUCCAAUGGGUAUGAUGAAAGAUUUUUAUUUGCUUAUCAUUACAAAAUAUUCUUUUGGUAUAUUGCUGAAAUUAGCCAAGAAGCAAAAAGGAUGAGGGUGUGUAGGCUCCCAGGGUGUUUGUCCCUGACAUUUGGUUCUGUGUUUGUGUGGCCAGUACCAUGGAUAAGUCAAAGCAUCACUUUUCCAUGUCUACGAUCUUGCUAUGGGAGGUGUGGGCCACCAGUGGUCUUUUCUUGGCUUUAUUACAAAAGGCAGGCAUUCUUCGGUAGAAGGUGGCCCUGUGGCCAGAGUCCUCAUGUACAAAUGAGCUCUAGCUGUCCCUCAUGUGGGAUGAUGGACUGUUAAAUCCUCUCUCGUUUUCCUUGGAAUGCAAUUCCUUCUUCUAUACCAAAUAACACAUUCAAACACCCUGUUUGAAUCUGGGUAUUUGGGAACUGUAACUCACUGUAUUUAGCAGUAUGGCUUGGAUCAGUUCCAAGGAUAGAUAAAGGUUACCAAUAAUGCUGUUACCAUGGAGAGUUUGUUCAUAGAUGUUAGAGCCUAUUCUACUCUGAUAGGGUCUAUUUAAUUACUCCUCAUAGCUUCUGGGUGAGGAAGAGCAUAUAAUUUUUUUUUCCAUUCCACUGAAGAUGGAGCGAAAGUGGAGGAGAGAAAGAAUCAAUCAUCAUUUACGUCUGUGGACUCAGCAUGAAGACCACCUUAGACCAAACUCUGUACUGCAUCUUCAGUUCGGUGCCCUUUCUGUGCUUUGAGAAGUAUUAUGACAUUGGAAGGUCCUUCUUUAAAACCAAGGCUACUUGGUCAAGGAAUAUUUAUUAUUCAUUUCUUUAUUUGUUAAAUGAAUGAACUUUUCACACAAGUUCUUCCCUCCCAGAUGGAUUUUAGGUAUCGUUCCUAGGAAUCUAAUAGGGAAAAUUUCUUGGAACCUAUCUUUUGAAUAAUGGCUAGCUCACACACAAAAAAUGUUUUCAUCAAGUAAGCUUAACUCUUUUGGUCAAGAAAGCAACUGUGUAAAGCUGAUGAAGAAAAAUCAAAGUUCCAUGGAGACAAAUACAAGCUAGCAGUUCCUAAAUUGGGUUGAAGUCAGAUUUUUUU